CGAGGACCCAGCGCGAGUGAGCGGCAGUGUCCUGCACGAUGAAGGCGUUCAGGGCUGUCCUGCUCACCCUGCUGCUGUGCAGGCAACCAGGGAGAGGGCAGCCACAGGAGGAGGACAACGACGGGGACUACGGGCUGGACAGCUACGAAAAAGAAGAUGAGGACGAGGAGGAAGAGGAGGAUGCCAACACUAUCCCUGGUGGCAGGGGCAGAGGGCUGCGGUGCUACACCUGCCAGUCCCUGCGCAGGGAGGAGAGCUGCAACCUGACCCAGAGCUGCUCGCUCAGCCAGACCUUCUGCACAACCCUCGUGGCCCACGGGAACACUGAGUCAGGCCUCUUGACCACCUACUCAACCUGGUGUGCAGACAGCUGCCAACCUGUCACCAGGACGGCAGAGGGGACCCAGAUGACUGUGACCUGCUGCCAAUCCACCCUGUGCAACGUCCCGCCCUGGCAGGACUCCCGAGUCCAGGACUCGCUGGGUGGGGGGGCAGGUGGCCCUGAAAGUGUGGGUACAGCCCUCCUGGUCAGCCUCCUCACCGGCCUUUCGACAAUGGGGCCCUGAAGACCCUGACCCACCAGCUCCCCCACCCCAGCCCACCCCACCCGGCCGCACCUGGCCUAGCCAGCAUUCUGCGGGCGCCUUCCCCUUCCCUCCCCACUCCACCAGCUUUGGAGAAUAAACUUGAAGCAUCUUUCAUGAUCCAGCCAGCACUGGCUCCUCCCAGCUGGGUCUAUUUCCUCAGUUUCCCCACCGGGCAGCGUUGGCCUCCACGCUCCACUACCUGUGAGAGGCAGGAUGGCAGUAUUCAGGCGUCAGGCCCAGGCCCCCAGGAGCUGCGGCUCACAGGAUGUGUCCACCAGCCCAGCCCGGGCUGAGAUGACACUCACCGUGUGCCUGGCUGAGCCCCCCAGAUUCCCACCACGAAACUCCUCUGCCCUUUCCCGAGUCUGCCUCCCACCUGUCCGGAGGGAGGAGGCUUUGGGAGGGAGGCUGUAGGCCACCCAGUGGGGAGAGGGGCCUGGUGGGGCUGGAGGGGCUGGGAGGGAAAUAAAUUUCUCCCAUGUUGAA